AGAGUGCACCAUCGGUGCCAUUAAUCAGUAUUGUUUCUAUUGUCACUGUGAGCUGAAGUAACACUACGAGCAAAAAUGACUGGACGCGGAAAGGGGGGAAAAGGUUUAGGAAAAGGUGGAGCAAAACGUCAUCGUAAAGUAUUGCGCGAUAACAUUCAAGGCAUUACAAAGCCAGCCAUCCGUCGUCUGGCCCGUCGUGGUGGUGUAAAACGUAUCUCUGGAUUGAUUUAUGAGGAGACGCGUGGUGUAUUAAAAGUUUUUCUGGAAAAUGUCAUCCGUGAUGCCGUCACCUACACCGAACACGCCAAACGUAAGACAGUCACCGCCAUGGAUGUUGUGUAUGCAUUGAAACGUCAAGGCCGAACUUUGUACGGUUUCGGAGGUUAAACGCUUUUAAUCAUCACAACACACGAUGAAAAAAACCUAAACUUCAAUUGGACAACAAAAGAACAACACAAAAAAAACGGUCCUUUUUAGGACCAAUAAA